AACUCAGAAGAAACUGAAUCCAGCACAAGAGUAUUGAAAAAGCAGAUGAGACAAGUGAAGAAUCCUUUUGGGUUAGAAAUCCCUCAUCCUGCUACAGCUUCAGUAACAAAGGGUGUAAGGCUGAGACCUGAUUGCCUGGAAGACUGUGUCCUCACGUGCUACUGGGGCUGCAGCGUUCAGAAGCUGCACGAAGCGCUGCAGAAGCACGUCUACUGCUUCAGAAUAAAGACUCCUCAGGCACUGGAGGAUGCUCUGUACAGUGAAUACCUCUCUCGACAGCAGUACUUCAUUAAAAAAAAUGACAAGGAAGAAAAAUAUUGUCAGUUACCAGAAGAUGCUCAAGUUGUUGAUUUUGGCCCAGUGCCUCGGUCUCACUACCCAUUGAUAGCAUUGCUGACGUUAGCUGAUGAGGAAGACAGAGAAAUAUAUGAUAUUAUUUCAAUGGUGGCUGUAAUUCACAUUCCUGAUGAGAGCUACAGACUGCCCUGCAGAAUAUUGUAUCAGUAUCUGCUCCUGGCUCAAGGUCAAUACCACGAUCUGAAGCAACUCUUCAUGUCUGCAAAUAGUACUGCACCGUCUUCAAGUGAGACAUCCCCUGGUGAGAGGAGCACUGACAGGAGCUUGCUAGAGAAGGCUGGACUGGCUGAAGAGGAACCAGAACUGCAGGAAGAAAACAGCAAAGACUGUGUUGUUUGCCAGAAUGGUGCAGUGAACUGGGUCCUGCUGCCCUGCAGGCACACCUGCCUGUGUGAUGGCUGCGUGAAGUAUUUCCAGCAGUGUCCCAUGUGUAGGCAGUUUGUUCAAGAAUCUUUUCCACUUUGCAGCAAAAAGGAGCAAGAUGAAGAUGAAUCAACCCUUAUCUUGCAAGAUGUUCUUCCCAGAAGAGGUUUUUAA